UAUUUAAUGCCAAUUGAUAUUUUUGUAUCUCCAUAACCUGCUUCAUGAGCUGGGUCAUAAAAUGCACCCAGCCAAAACCUGUGCUUAAACUAGGCGGCAGAAAUCAAGUGAAUCCGUCGUCCAUAUUCCACUGCUCCGUCUGAUCUUGGUUCGUUUCAUCAGAUAAAAACUGAAAUGCUGAACAAAAAGUGAAAAUAAGUAAGCAGAUUCCCAAAGAGCCUCCAGAAAACUUCCAAAAAGCUCAGAAAGCUGAAGCUCACAGUAAAACCAACCAGUGACAGCAGAGACUGUUGGGUGUAAAUACAUCAGUUUCCAUCUGUUUGCUACUGAUUAUAAGAUCUUUAACAGAUUAAUAAUGUCAAAAUGUCCAAAUGCACAAAGAGUUUUCAGUUUAUCACCAGAAUCUGAGGAUGCCGUUAAGGUCAGUGGUCAUCAGUGUGUCUUUGUGUUCACAGGGUCCAGUUCCAAACUCAGCAGCCUGUCCUCCUGGAUGGACCCAGCUUGGAAGUCGCUGCUUCAUUUUCUACUUCAGCCCGAGGACGUGGAGCGAUGCCGAGGCCUUCUGCAUUUCUAUUGGUGGGAAUUUGGCCUCAGUCCACACCAACGAAGAAAACGACUUCCUGAGUGACAUGGUCGUACGGGGCACUGGCAGCCCUUCGAUCACAUGGACCGGCGGCCAUGACGCCAUCACAGAGGGACAGUGGAUGUGGAGCGACGGAUCAAAGUUUGACUAUUCUGCCUUCGCUCUCAGUCAGCCUGAUAAUUACCAACAAACAGAAAACUGUCUGGAAAUGAACUGCGGUGGGAGCAAGUGGAACGACAGACCAUGUACCCAGCCAUGCCCAUUUGUUUGUGCCAAAAAAGUCUGAAGCCUCCAACCAUCUGCUGAAAAUCUUCUCAGCUUCAUCUCUGCUCAGUUUUAAUACUUUUAAUAAACUGAAAUUAAUUGUGUGGUUGUAAGAUGACAAAAGUUUAAAAGGUCUAAGGGGAACGAAUGGAUAAGAGGGAAUGCUGCUCUGAUAGCAAGUCUGUGUUUGGUAGGAUUUCUUUUGGGCUUAAUGGGUUUUUAAUCUUCUGAAAUAAAAAGUAACAUUAUAAACACAAACUUGAUUUAAUGAUCUUUAUGCUGUCAAAUAUUUUUACUUCAUUAAGUGGUUUGAAAACCUGCACAUGA